CUUGACGCUCUUCCCAACCCUCAGCCGCAGCAAGGAAUCCUCUAAACCACUGCUGUCUUUAUGAAGUACUUCCCGUCAGACCUGGUGAGAUUCGUGAUGGUUUUGACAGCAGUCUUGAGGGCCUCUGAGCCCGAGUUAGAACCUAGAUUUUUGCUAUUAAAGAGGUUAGAAGCGAGGUGAUCAGCUUUGUCCAAACAGCUCUUGAAGCCAAAACUCGAACAAUGUGCAUUUUCGGUGAAUUGGAUAUCCGAACGGGAAUUUUCAGCUAAUAAUGCGAGGCGUGACAAGCUAAAAUUUGAAAGUUCCGUGCUUCAGAUUGAUCACUCAUACCUCCUCCAGGGAAGCUAAUCGGCUUUCAUGUCUAUUUUGACGGGACAAACACGAAGAAGUUGUACAUAUCGCCCCUCCACCUGCACUGCUACGUGUAACUGCACGAAGAGCGAAUGAGAACAGGGAAGGAAUGACAGAAGAGCCCAAGAAGUCAUGCUACUGACAGAUCAUCCUGGGCCAUGUAUGGUGACACGUAGAUCAUAUCAGACCGGGGGAGAGAUUGUUGGUUACUUGGUUAGCUUUGCAUUUUGUGGUGGAGGUGAUAAGGAGAAGGCAGAGAAAUAGAAAACUCAAAGAGAAAACUGCCAGACUUUGGAUGGGAUUGGACCAGAAAAAAUGAGCGAGGCCUCGUCUUUGUGAGGCAAACUCAGAGACACAGAGGAGAGAGGAUAAUGAUAGUACCAGUUCAUUGCUCCAAGCCUGGUAGUCCAGCUUCUGCAGCUGCUGCUUCUGCUCUUGUACGUGCACCCUCAUUCUCAAGGCGCAUUGCUGACAUCCGCAUCCCCACAAAAGCCAGACAGGUAGCAACUGGCUGGCUCUUGGCUGUGGCUCUCAUAACUUGGCCCGCGGCUGCGGGCGUGGCUGAGGUGGUUCCGCAGCCGUCGGAGUCGGAUACACUGUCGAAUGUGCCUCAGAUGCUGUCGGGCGAGUGCAAGUCUCCCAAGGACUGCAAGAAGCCCAGGAUACAGAGGCCCAAAUCGAGAAAGGCAGAGUCGUGCACCACCAAGUGCGUCACCACCUGCAUCCGCGGUGGCGAUGGCUCUCCUGGCGAAGGCCCCCUCAACAUUCGCAGACCUCUGGUGGUUUUCAAGCAAGGCUUUCGCAGCAGGAAAUACUGUCUGGUCGAGUGCUCAGAUAUUUGUAAUUUGAUUGGAGAUGAGGAUUAUGGUCCUUGACAAUGAUCUAACCACAAACUGAUUGAAGUUUCGGCCGGUUCCAACCCCUGCUCUUCGGAAGGUUUGCUGGGCAAGCUGUAUAGGUUUUUCUGACUUCCGAGUGGAAGCACCAACUACAGGACUUCUUUCGACAAGAAACAGGUGCUCCCGUGUGUACUCUUCACAGACCUUUCCUCUUGUCCCAAGGUUACAAUUCAAACACAGAUGAAAUAUUAAUCUCGAGGUUUGCUCGGGCAGUGUGCACACCACUUAUUCACCAUGAUUCUCCCUGUUACUCUGUGGAACAGUAUGCUAGUCGGAAAAUUCUCACUCUUUCUUUUCCUACUAGCUUUCUGUGAACUUACCGAAAUGGGAAAAUACAGAAGUUUUGGGCCUAGAAUGUUUAAGCCAUCGUUCAUUUCUCCUUCAUUAAGUCGGAAAAUUUUCUUCGAAGGUCUGAAGCUGGAAGUUUGGUCAGCAAAUGCGAAUGGUUGGUGCUCAGCGAACAAUCAUCUAAGUUUUUGUGGGAAUAAUCCUAAUUCGUUAGUGCCAUACUGCUAAAUAGUUGUGAAGACGAGUGUAGAAAAGAGGAGAAAGCCAUACUGUGGCCUAAGCAUCAAGAAAUAGGAACCUGUUGCCACAUAUUAUUGGCAUUACAUAUCAAAGAGGACUUGAAUCUGCUUGUGGGUUGAGUACA